CGCUGGCCAGUCUCGGCGCUUAGUGCUCGCGAUGAGGGCGACCAACGUGGCUCUGGCCGCGCUCUUGCUGGCCCAGCUGCUGGCGGCUCGCGCGCAGGACGGCGGGUUCGAGCUGCCCGUGCAGCUCAUCGGUUUCCCCGUCAUCAUCUUCGCUGUGCGCGCCUCCAACUUCGUCAAGAAGCUCGCCUACUCGCUCAACCCACGAACGUACGUGCGCCGUAGCGCGCGCUCUGUGGACGGCCCCCAGCCGCACCUCGACUUGGAGAGCGUGGAGAAGCGCAUGGUGGCCGAGUUCGGGGAGAGCGUGUGCAUCUACGAAAACGUCUGCGACGAGUAUGCUGAGAAAGUGCUCGCCACCAACAACCACGUCCUCGACUGGGACACCGUCUUCAACGCAUACAAGGAGCUCCCCGCGGACAGCAAGCAGAGCUACCUGCUUAGCGUCUUCCUGGGAGACAUCGUGGCGUCGCCCAAGCUGUGUCGCGAACUGACACGUCGCCGGCCUUGCCAGCGCUGACGCCGCCUUCCCGCGCCUCGUUACCGUAACCCGAUGACACUUCACGUUUCAGUAUUGUUACAGCACCAUAAACUUGUUGUUAAAAACAUGUUAAGAUGCACAUGUAACUGUACAUCUAUAGAAUAAGUACUAUUUACUUCUUGUAACUGAUUUAGUGUAGUGAUAACCACGUUCGAAAAAUAAAACAAGUGUUGUUUUUUUUAAAAAA